CCCACUAUUUAGGGGAAAGGUCGCUUUGCAGUGUUGUAUUCUGCACGGACUGAUAUUCAUUCGGUGCAGAGAAAGAAUAUAUCAGCCCACGAGUUUUAUCCUGACACUGCUGGCUUGUUGAUUCUGCAUCAUGGCUCUUCUACGAGGUGUAUUUGUUGUGGGGGCCAAGCGCACUCCGUUCGGUGCCUAUGGUGGCGUGCUGAAGGAUCACAGUGCGACAGACUUGGCUGAGCACGCAGCUAAAGCCGCCCUCGCUGCAGGGGGCGUGGCACCAGAACUUGUAAACAGUGUCAUCGUGGGAAAUGUCAUGCAGAGCUCAGCUGAUGCAGCCUACAUUGCACGUCAUGUGGGUCUGAGGUGUGGGGUGCCCAUCCCAGUGCCUGCUCUCACUGUGAACAGACUGUGUGGAUCUGGUUUCCAGUCAAUCAUCAACGGCACUCAAGAGAUUUGCCUCAGGGAGUCAGAGGUGGUCCUGUGCGGAGGCUCAGAGAGUAUGAGUCAGGCCCCGUACGCUGUGCGCAACAUACGAUUUGGUACAAAGUUUGGAUUCGAUCUCAAGCUAGAGGACACCUUGUGGGCGGGUCUGACUGACCUGCAUAUCAAAAUCCCAAUGGGCAUCACAGCAGAAAACCUGGCAGAGAAAUACCAGAUCACACGAGAAGAAGUUGACAACUAUGCAUACCAGUCACAACAAAAGUGGAAGGCUGCUCAUGAGGCGGGUUACUACACAGCAGAAAUUGCUCCCAUUGAUGUGAAAGCUAGGAAGGGAAAGGUGUCCAUGGCUCAGGAUGAACACCCUCGUCCACAGACAACACUUGAACAGAUGGCCAAACUGGCUCCCGUCUUCAAGAAGGGAGGGACUGUAACCGCUGCCAACGCUUCGGGUGUAUCUGAUGGUGCUGCUGCUGUGGUGAUUGCAAGUGAAGAUGCACUAAAGGAACACAAGCUCACUCCACUGGCCAGGAUUGUGUCCUAUCAUGUGUCAGGCUGUGACCCAAGCAUUAUGGGAAUUGGUCCCGUUCCAGCAAUCACAGAAGCUCUUAAAAAAGCCGGCCUGACUCUCAAUGACAUGGAUCUUGUGGAGGUGAACGAGGCUUUUGGCGCUCAGUACCUGGCUGUUGCUAAGGCUCUCGGACUGGAUCCAGCAAAAACCAACGUUAACGGUGGAGCUAUUGCCAUUGGGCAUCCUCUUGGUGCCUCUGGAGCACGUAUCACUGCCCACCUGGUUCAUGAGCUCAGGCGACGAGGAGGCAAGUACGCCGUUGGUUCUGCCUGCAUCGGUGGAGGUCAAGGCAUCGCCAUCAUCCUGGAAAAGUACUGAACGAAGCAGCUGCCAGUAUCAGAGGAAUGCUGUAGAAGAAUGUCUUUUACCACCGUCCACUCAAAUAUAAUAAAACGCAGUUGACACAUGCUUAAAAUAAAUCUAAAAAUAUUACAUUAGAUACUGUGAAAUGGCAAAUGUUAACACGAGGCACUGCUGCACAGCUUUUACAAUGGAACACAAAGAUCUAAGCAUUAUAACUCCUUACGUUCUAUUUAUACAAAAAA